AAAAAAAUUUGUUAAGGAAAAAUUUUCUGUUAGCGAACCUUUUGUUAAAUAUUUCGAAUAUCACCACUGAUUACAAGCUGUUAUAUGGAUAAUCUCCACCCAACUGUCUGGCUCUAUAGUUAUAAACACAGACAGCAGAGCUGCUAUACAAACACUUAUGCAGUUCAAUGAUAAAAAUAUAAUGGCUUUAGAAGUCAAGGAACUCAUAAAAGAGUACAGUUUAAACAUUAAAAUAAAAUGGAUAAAGGCUCACAUAGGAAUAGAAGGGAACGAGAAGGCAGACGUACUGGCCAAAGUGGCCACGUCAUUAACUGAAACCACUUACAAUAAGAUUCCAGUGUCUUACAUCAAAAGAUUAGUAUGGCAAGAGUCAAUAGAAGAGUGGCAAGAAGAGUGGAGUUAUAGCGACAAAGGGAGACACACCUUCUGGUUGCUUUCCAAUAUAGAAGAAAGAUUGAAUGAUUUAAGAUGGCUUACAAGUGACUUCAUAACAACACAACUUUUGACCAACCACUGUAACACCAAGGAAUAUUUAAAAAGGAUAGGAAAACAGCAAGAUACACAAUGCGAAUGCGGAACGGGCGAACACAGUCUGGACCACAUCAUAAAUGUAUGUACAAAAUACGAAAUGGAAAGAAUGCAGCUACUUACGCUAGUCAAAGAGACUUUAAACAUCUCGAGCUUGGAUUUAUACAUGAUAAUAAGGACUAGGAAUCUGGUCCAGGAAGUGAAAACCUUCACGCAAACAAUAAUGUCGUGAAUGGGGAGCGAGCUGCUCCCAUUGUGACAGAGUCGCAAUCUUGUAAAGGCGAGUUGCCUUGGUAUUAAUGUUUCUUUUAUAUUUUAAUGUAUGUAUUAAGACUCUUCUCAUAUUAAUGUAAAGUUUGAAUAAAGAUAGCGUUUCCCUUGUGGUGCUGAUAGUGGGACAAGGGUGACUCUGAUCCCCAAAAGGGAAAAUGAUGAUUAUCCAAUGAAAAAAAAAAAAAAAUACAAU